UGUUACUUCAGAGUAUUUAUUGAAUAUUUCUUCAACAUUGUUUCAGGGAUAACUGUAAGGUAUGAUACACCUGCAGAGGUUCGUGACUUCAUAAUAGACUAUGGUCGUACUGAACAAGCCGCCACACAAAUGAGGAAGGAAAUGUGUAGCAAUCUAAAUGUGAAAUACCCAACAUUUUGUGGCAUUAUCGGCAGGGACAAAAAAAAGAAGCCUCAUUUGUACCCAAGCAAGGCGCAGGUGUCGGCAAACAAGAAGCAGAUAAACCAGAUGAGAAAACAGCAAUACAAGCAGCAACAUUGCCAAGGGGCAACUGGUUACGCAGACCAAGCAUGGGAAGAUAACUUAAACGAUUUAUCUUCUGAGGAUGAGGAGGACGAAGCAGAAUUUAUCAAUGAAGCGAACAUCUUAUAUAUCAAAGGCAACUACCAAGAUGCGUUAGAUAAAUAUAAAAAUUUUGUGAACAGAUUUAGAUGCAUGGACGAAGAGUUACCCAACAUAUUCCUGAAAAUGGCCAAUGCUUUUUACUUCACUUUUGAUUUAAAAAAUGCACUGACAUGCUAUGAGAGAACCAUUAAAGAAGCUGAGAAAAGGGGAAACAACUCAGUUAGGAAACUUGCUGAGGAGAACCGAGAUAAGAUUCAAAAAGCUGUUCAGAACCCUGGAAAUAUAACCCUUGCUGACGACUUUACUGAACUUGAAAGGCUGAUGGCAGAAAUGACCUUGGGAGACAAUUAAUGGUCAGUUUACACUGCUGGCUGACCAACGAUUCUGUUGCUGUCCACAAAUCCACCAAUACCUGUAUAGCACACUAUCAAUUUUUUAAUUCUAAUACAUUCUUUAAAUGUAUUUCUUAACACUCCGGCCGUCUCCCACCGAGGUAGGGUGACCCGACAAAAAAGAAAACACUUUCACUGUCACUCGUUCAAUGAUUAUCUUACCAGGAGCAUGAUGACAUUACAGUUCAGACGACCUUCCAAACCGCUUCCAUCACAACACAAUGUAUUUUCCACCUCCAGGACUCAAACCUAACUAACCACUUUCAUGAAUUUCAAAAAAAUAAUGAUAACUUGCUGACACUCCAACAACACGUCAAAUCACAAAGACAACUUCUCUCUACUGAUGCCUAUCUAAGAGACCAACACUUGCCUGUUGAAUGUCCAAUUUCAUAGCACUGAAAACCUCCUUUACACCCUUCUUCCAGUCUUUCCUAGGACGAUCCCUACUCCUCCAUCCCUCCUUCCAGUCUUUCCUAGGACGAUCCCUACUCCUCCAUCCCUCCUUCCAGUCUUUCCUAGGACGAUCCCUACUCCUCCAUCCCUCCUUCCAGUCUUUCCUAGGACGAUCCCUACCUCUUCAUCCCUCCUUCCAGUCUUUCCUAGGAUGAUCCCUACCCCUCCAUCCCUCCUUCCAGUCUUUCCUAGGAUUGCCCCUACCCCUCCAUCCCUCCUAGUAUUUCCUAGGAUGAUCCCUACCCCUUCAUCCCUCCUUCCAGUAUUUCCUAGGACGUUCCCUACUCCUCCAUCCCUCCUUCCAGUAUUUCUUAGGACGAUCCCUACCCCUCCAUUUCUCCUUCCAGUCUUUCCUAGGACGAUCCCUACCCCUCCAUCCCUCCUUCCAGUCUUUCCUAGGAUUGUCCCUACCCCUCCACCCCACCUUCUAGUAUUUCCUAGGAUGAUCCCUACCCCUCCAUCCCUCCUUCCAGUAUUUCCUAGGACGUUCCCUACUCCUCCAUCCCUCCUUCCAGUAUUUCCUAGGAUGAUCCCUACCCCUCCAUCCUUCCUUCCAGUAUUUCCUAGGAUGACCCCUCCCCCUCCAUCCCUCCUUCCAGUAUUUCCUAGGACGUUCCCUACUCCUCAAUCCCUCCUUCCAGUAUUAUUCUAGGACGAUCCCUACUCCUCCAUCCCUCCUUCCAGUAUUUCCUAGGACGAUCCCUACCCCUUCAUCCCUCCUUCCAGUCUUUGCUAGGAUGAUCCCUACCCCUCCAUCCUUCCUUCCAGUAUUUCCUAGGAUGAUCCCUACCCCUCCAUCCCUCCUUCCAGUCUUUGCUAGGAUGAUCUCUACCCCUCCGUCCCUCCCAGCAUUUCCUAAGAUGACCCCUACCCCUCCAUCCCUUCUUCCAGUAUUUCCUAGGAUGAUCCCUACCCCUCCAUCCCUCCUUCCAGUAUUUCCUAGGAUGAUCCCUACCCCUCCAUCCCUCUUUCCAGCAUUUCCUAGGAAGAUCCCUACCCCUCCAUCCCUUCUUCCAGUAUUUCCUAGGAUGAUCCCUACCCCUCCAUCCCUCCUUCCAGAAUUUCUUAGGAUGAUCCCUACCCCUCCAUUCCUCCUUCCAGUAUUUCCUAGGACGAUCCCUAACCCUCCAUCCCUCCUUCCAGUAUUUCCUAGGAUGAUCCCUACCCCUCCAUCCCUCUUCCCAGUAUUUCCUAGAAUGAUCCCUACCCCUCCAUCCCUACUUCCAGUAUUUCCUAGGAUGAUCCCUACCCCUCCAUCCCUCCUUCCAGUAUUUCCUAGGAUGAUCCCUACCCCUCCAUCCCUCCUUCCAGUAUUUCUAGGAUGAUCCCUACCCCUCCAUCCCUCCUUCCAGUAUUUCCUAGGAUGAUCCCUACCCCUCCAUCCCUCCUUCCAGUAUUUCCUAGGAUGAUCCCUACCCCUCCAUCCCUUCUUCCAGUAUUUCCUAGGAUGAUCCCUAACCUUCCAUCCCUCCUUCCAGUGUUUCCUAGGAUGAUCCCUACCCCUCCAUCCCUCCUUCCAGUAUUUCCUAGGACGAUCCCUAACCCUCCAUCCCUCCUUUCAGUAUUUCCUAGGACGAUCCUACUCCUCCAUCCCUUCUUCCAGUAUUUCCUAGGACGAUCCCUACCCGUCCAUCCCUCCUUCCAGUAUUUCCUAGGACGAUCCUACCCCUCCAUCCCUCUUUCCCUCCACCACAGAUUAAUACUCCCUCUUAGUAGUCCUAUAUUGCUCCAUCAUCUCUGUAUAAGUAUACUGCUUCACAACCCCUAAUUAUCCCACUUAACAAUUCUUUUGGUAAGUCUACACUUAGUUCUAAUCACAAUACUCAGAAUUCGCUGUAUAAUAUAAUCAAACAAAAUAAGUUAGAAAAAUAACGUAUUUUCCGGCAUAUAAGACGCACGAGCAACUACGACAUAAAAGACUAUAAUACCAAGCAGCUGUAAUAUAACGUUAGUAAACAACUACUGAAGUGUAACCCAGAGCCUAACCUUGUCCAUCACAUUGAGCAUAUAAGGCGCGGUCCGAUUUUCCAAGACUUUUUGAUUGGAGAAAAGAGCGCCUUAUGUGCCGGAAAAUAUGUUAUAUGUCUUUUUUUAAAUGAUAAAUCAAGGGGGAAAAAAUACUAACUGUAGAGUGGAAAAACUAGUGAAGCCAUUGUAUAGGGAAAUGUCUGAAAAUAAAAGUCUUUUAAAACAGCUAUGUCUUUGUGUAAAAUAAAAUAAAAAAAUGUAUCUAUUAAAAAAAAAAAAAAAUAA